AUGCAGGUGGCGAGGAAGAAAACUGCGAAUGAGGUCUGGGAUUGUCUUAAGACAAGGUUCAUCGGCGUGGAUCGCGUCAAGAACGCGCGGCUGCAAAUGUUGAAGAGUGACUUCAAUGCCAUGCAUAUGCAAGAGGGAGAGAGCCUGGGCCAGUAUACUGGAAGGCUCAACGGCAUGUCCUUCUACGACCUUGACAAGAUGCAGUUCGAGGAAGCCGUGGGGCAGCUAAAGGCACCGCAGAAGAAGGAUGGUGGUGACUCCUCAUCAAGCAACAAAGGCAAAUCCCACCUUGCUGUAGAUAGUAGUAACCGCGGCCAGGGUGAUCGUGGACGCGACAGAGGCUGUGCUAGAGGUGGUCACGGCGGGACGUCGCGCAAUGAUGAAGAGAGCGGCUCGAGCAGCGAUCGCCACAACAAGAGCCACAUCAAGUGCUACAACUGCUACAUGAUGGGGCACUACGCGAAUGAGUGCAAGGUAUCUAAGAAGAAGGAAGAGGAGACACAUCUCACUCGUGCCGAUGACACCGUGCCGGCCUUGCUACUCAUGGUGUCAGAAGAGCCAGCACAAGAAUGGCAGCACCAGCGGGGAGCCGUGCUGCUGAAUGAGCAGAAGUUGAAGCCAGAACUGCAUGAUGCGAUGGAGGGAGGCUCCAGCUCUGAGGUCUGGUACAUGAACAAUGGAGCCAGUAAUCACAUGACCAGUGAGAAAGAAAAGUUCAGAAAUCUGGACGAAUGUGUCACUAGCAAGGUGAAGUUCGGGGAUAGCUCCACGGUACAGAUCAUGGGCUUAUGGUCUAUCAUGUUCAGCUACAAGAAUGGUGACCAGUGA